AUGGCUCUCGGUGCACAACUGCGGUGCAACCGCUGCAAGGAGACAUCAAAGUCGAAGCCGAAAACCAGAAACAGCACCACUCACCAUUUGGACUUGGUGAACUCAAGCAUCGAGGGCUAUUGCUUCACGACGACCAGUGCCAUGUAUUGGAAGUCCUGGGAGCACUGGAGAAUACCGCGGGGCAUACUGAUCUUUUUCUACUGGUGUGCAUUGACACAGGACUUGUUCGACCUGCUCGUCGAGUUACGGCCAUCUUCGACAUCUGCAGGUCUUGAAGAACGCAUCCAACAGCUGCAUCUAUUCGAAUAUAAGCGCCAAAUGCUGGAAUAUCUUGAAGCAGUCAGCACUUACGAAUCUUCAAACAGCUCAAACUCACGCACGCUUGGACUCGGACAUUACUUUAACCAUGGCGCCACUGGUAGCAUGACCGCAGGAUCUGGGCUUCAAGCGUUCUCAGAACCAGAUGACCAGCUCGGCUACGAUAACAAGUCGAUCCCAAAUGAAAUAAUAACCGAGGUCUUCGUUGAUUUUUUGACUCGCACCAGGCAGGAUGAGAGUGCGCUGUAUUUGAAGUCACUAUCUGCAAUAUGCAGUUCUCUCGACAACACUUUCAAAGCAUCAAACAAGGCCACACUCACAAACAAGGAUGGGCAAAAGACAAGGGAGAUCAAGGGCGGGAUACUCACUGUGCUGAAUGAAAGCAACGAGAUCAUUGCUUGGAGACUCGCGCCUCUCAAUGCAGAAUAUACGGCCCUAUUACCCACAUAA